CUCCCAUCAUGCUCUGCUCGAACGCUUAACAAAAAGCCUGAUGAGAAGAGGAGGAGGAGGCUACCAGCGGUGGGGGUAGCCGAUUCCCGGAGAGGCUUUUCUGUUCCCGUCGUCCGAAUUAUUAAAUCGUGACAGCGGCGAAUAAAAACAAAAAUAAAAGCAUCAUAAAACAUGAUGCUCAUGCCAAGAGAACAUCUUCCGUCGGGCAAGUGAAUGUCGACAGGUUUCCCACUGGCGCCUCUUCCUGGGAUUCUGCUGUCUAGCUAGUCCGUCCUGACCCGCUAUACCGCCAGGCGAUGACAGCGGCUACAGCCACUCCGCAGGUGAUGAGAGACCGGCUGCUACAGGCCAUCGACGGCCAGAGCAAUCAGAUAUGCAACAUGGUGAUAGUUAUGGAGGUGAUCUCCUAUUUGGAGAAACAUCCUAUCACCAAAGAGGCACUGGAGGAAACCCGUCUUGGCAAGCUUAUCAACGAUGUCCGGAAGAGAACCAAGAAUGAAGACCUUGCCAAAAGGGCCAAGAAGCUCCUGCGAAACUGGCAGAAGCUAAUUGAGCCAGGGAAGGGUGAAGUGUUGUCCAAAGGACACACAGGUGCAUCAUGGUCUUCCAAUGGCGGUGCUCAUCCCUGCAUCUCCAUUCCAGCUGCCACCACACCAUCAGGUAAAACAGGCGCAGAGUUGAAGAACAGAAAUGACUUCAACAACUGCUACUCCUCGAGGCCGGAGAAACCAAGCAACAGGAAACGUAAGGGUGACCACAAGGAAGGACUGCUCUUACCAGCCAAGAUAUCCAAAACGACUCUUAAUGAUAAAAUACAUAACUCCAAACAGCUGCCAACCAAUGGAAUAGGCGGUAGCUCUGAAAUGUUUGCAGAUACUUGUGCAAAUCAGCCUUUAGACAGGGACAUUUCUGAGCCAUUGGAUAAUGACAGGCUUAUUAAAAUCCCAGUCAAUGCUGUAAAACCUCAUCCAAGUGGCCUAGGAUACAGCAAACCUCCUAGCACUUCUUCUCUGCUAAAAGCAUCAGUUCUGCAGCAGCAAGCCAGACAAGAGCCAGCUGUCUCUGGGGGGCAAUAUCGACCCAGAAGUCCACGCUGUUCUUUGCACUGUCCUCAAACUCCAAAGCAGGAAGCUGGUGUCAAACCAACUACAUCACAAGCACCAGGUCUUUCUAGUCCCACAGUGAGGCCUGGGUCGGUGGAUAUUUUUGGGCUGGGCCCUUCCACUCAGCCUUUCAGUGGUUGUAUUCAGGGUUUACACACAGACGGUUCAGAUUUGGAUUCUCAAAGCAGCCCUCCCAUUAUGUCUCUUCACAACUCAUAUGCCUCUUGCUGCAGUGACAUGGUCAGUUUAGAAGAUGAUGCUGUUAGCAGAACAGAGAAAAGGAAAAGACAGAAAUACAGGCCUAAGGACCAUGUGGUAAAUUUAGAUGGACAGACUGUAGAAGAUAGCACUAAACCAGUCAGGUUAAAAGACAGAAGACUUGUAUUUGACCCUGUAACAGGACAGAUCAAACCCUCCUUUCAUAAAGAGUCUUGCCAUGAGGGGGAGGUCAAACUAGGCCACAGACCUGAAUGUCAGUUGUCGGAACAGCCAAAGCAGAAUCCACCGGUUCCUCCCAGUCCCUUCCAGCAGACAGACUGGAAAGAGCUGUCGAGGAGUGAAAUAAUCCAGUCGUACCUAAGCCAGCAAUGCAACGUGCUGACAUCGUCGGGCGCCCACACCCCUGGUGCACACUUUUUCAUGACAGAGUUCUUGAAAAAAGAGGAACACGGAAGUAUAGAUGUCAAGAAAACACAUGUGUUGGCAGCAGAACUCCCAGCAAGGGAUUAUCCUGGGGUAAGCAGAGAAGUCAUCAAUGAAGAUCUGAACAGAUUACACAAGCAAAACUGGUCCGGGGUUAACGGUUGCUAUGACACAAAGGGUAAUUGGUAUGACUGGACCGAGUGCAUAUCCUUAGACCCUCAUGGAGAUGAGAGCAGGUUGAACAUACUGCCUUACGUCUGUCUGGAUUAAAAUUGAGGUAGGGUUUCUGAAUUGGAAGUUGUAAGCUGCCCUUCAUUGUGUAGUGGAGUAAAUCUGUGUGUAUGAAGGCACUUUAUUUAAGUGUAAGCUGGUGAUUUGCACCAUAGGUGAAAGUGGAGUCAACGUCCUUGGUUGUGUGUGGAGCACAGGGGGUAUAAUCAGUGUUUUAAUUAGUUUUUUUAAACAUUGUGUGAAGACAGCGUUAAGUAAAGAGGCUAUGCAUUAUCUGACCAUUUAGUCCUUGGUGUUCAGUAACUGUACAGGAUUAAUUCACUAUACCUGCCAUUCUUUGAAUGGGGAAUUACAUUAAACUGCCCUGCUAUGUUUCAUUCGUCUUAUGUUAUCCACAUGACUUUUGAAGUGAGACAAUUCUGCAUCCACUCACAUUUAGUCCAUAGUGCACAGUUUUUCAUUUGAAGUUUAAUUUAAGAUUGUUUGUUUGUUCAAUCAACUUCAUCAUCUUUCAACAGCAAGUUGUAAGUUACAUAAUUAAAGCAUACAUCCAACAGAUACCAAUUAGGUUUUUGUUGGCAUUUGCUCCUGAAUCUUAAAGGUUGUUUGGAUGAGCUGAAACUAAUGCUAUUUUCAAGAAGCUAUCAUCAUUACUAUUUGUAUUAACAACUAUCAACUGCUGUGAAAAAACAUUUUGUAAUUGCACCUUUUUAGAACCGCUGUUCCCUUAUUUCACCACUGUCUCAUGCAGUGACUUUUAGCAGAAAUAAUACCUGACAAAAAGUGUUGUGAGGUUUGAAUGCUAUUAAAGUGACUGAAUGAAACUGCCAGAUGGGACAGUUAGUGGUGAAUGAAAGGCUGGUAUGGGGGUUGCACAAUGCACGCUGAAAAAAAAAAAAAUUGUCAUGUAUAAUAUUUAUUUACAUAUUAAUUUUAAGAUUUAUAUACAUGUCAGACUACACAAUCACUUUUUUUUUUUUUAUUUAUUAAAAAUUGGUUCAGUGUUGAGCAACAGUCCAACCAUUUUCUGCUGAUACACCAACCUACCUUACACAGGAAAACUCUUUAAAAUUCCAAAUUCUGAUAAUGUGAACUUAUACUUGCCUUUUCCCUUUGCUGUGUAUUAAGGCUGUAACAUAUGAAAUGAAAUGGCAGAGCAGAUCAUGCUCCUAGCUGGCAUCUUUGUACUGUCAGGAAGAACUGGGAUGUGAAUUGACAUGCUGGAUAAAGUACUUAAUAUCAUUCCUGUAGAUAUUGUUUGCCUUAUGGAAACCUUUGUUUUCCCUAAAGACAGAGCCUUAGUGAAUGUACAGAAAUUAGCCUUUUGUGUUCAGUUGGAUGCAGAAGAAAACAUAUUUGCUACCUAGUCCUUUAAGUGGACAUGUUGAUAUGUGUUAAUAAAAAAACUGAAGGAA